AUGAGUGGAAAGUGCUGUACUACUGGAAGUUUACACGAGGGUGAGCCCGCUGGUGAGAUCAAAGAGGUUUUUGGUUUGCUUACGUACGUUGCCGGCUCGAGCUCGAGCGAGAAGGUCAUUGUCAUCCUCAGCGAUAUAUAUGGGUUGAAGAUCCCCAAUACCAAAUUGAUCGCAGAUCAAUUUGCCAAGUCCGGAUACCAGGUUUUCGUUCCCGACAUUUUGUUUGGAGAUGGCCUUGUAAAAUUGGAUGGGUCUGUAGACCUUGGUGCGUAUCUCGAGAAACACAGACCAGAGGUCACCAAACCAAUUGUCGAUAGUUUUCUCUUUGCAUUGAAGGAACAAAUGAAACCCAAGUUUUUAGGCCUCAUUGGCUACUGUUUUGGCGCUAGGUACGUUAUGGACCAUAUCAAGAAGGACGAACCCACUGCCAAUGCAGCUGCGAUCGCCCAUCCUUCACGCGUUGAAACUGAGCAAUUUAGAGGUAUUGGUAAGAACCCCCUUUUGAUUUCCGCAGCUCAAGUGGACCGUAUGUUCCCAAUCGAAGCCAGAUUCGAGGCCGAAAAAGCGCUGACCGAGGAAGGUGCGAUUUACAAAAUAGAUUUGUUUGGCACUGUGUCCCACGGAUUUGCCGCAAGAGGUGAUUUGAGUGACCCGCUGGUCAGCUUUUACAAGGAGAAGGUUUUUGCAGAUCAAGUAGAUUGGUUCAACUACUUUUCCAAGGCCUGA